UAAAUUAAAACAUCAAUUUCCAUGCCUGAACCUUUCCGCAAAAGAGGGAAAUUAUGAUUUAAAUAAGCUAGAGCCGGGUUACAUUAUGAUCAAUGGUUAUUCGGCACCAUUUGCAGAUGUCUUUUUUUUAGUAAAUAACCCCGAACCUAUUCUUAUUGCUAUUCAAUGCAGAAAAAGAAAAAAAUCUCUUGAUUUGAGAACAAUUAAAGAUGAACAUGAGAAAAAUUCGAAUAUUUCUGAAAAAAUGGAAGAAAAGGCCGAAAAAAUCAGAGAAAAUGCUAAAGUAAAAGGCAGAGAGAUGAAAGAAAAAUUGCAAAAAGAGGCAGAGCAAUAUACAAAACUUGCAGAUUUUUUGAGCAAAUAUCGUAUUAUCACAAUUUUUAUUACAACUCAGCGUUUCAGGGAGGAAUUGGAAUCUCUUCCUGAUGAUUGUAUUUUGAUUCAUCAAGAAAACUUUGACAUUUUCUUCGGGCCUGUAUUUUCCUCUCGUACCAAGCUUGUAAUGACCA